AGAAAAAGUUGGUCUACACAAGACACUGAGAAGCUUGUCAAACUUGUAGGAAAGUACGGCAAUAAAUGGAAAGUAUUUGCAAACUACUUUCCUGGCCGCACUGCCUUUUGUAUACGCUCACAUUAUUUUUCUGUUACACACGAUACCACACGCUGGACAUUAGAAGAAAAGAAAAUCUUGCAACAAUUACUACAGGGACAAAACGAUGCUGACAAGAUAAACUGGGAAGCCGUGCAACAAAAGUUACCAAAAAAACGCACAGUCGGCCGCAUCAAGCAAUUUUGGCAAAAUUCAAUACAGCCUUCAUUAAACCGAGGCAGUUGGACACAAAAAGAAACUACCAAGCUGAAAGAAUUGGUUGAAUUGCACGGAAAGAAUUUCGAAUUGAUUGCCCGGGAAAUGGGAUCCAGAAGUGAAGAACAGUGUAGGAACAAAUGGGCCUAUGAAGUCAACACGUUAAAAAAA